UGCAUACUCCCCUCAUUCUAGAGCCUUGUCAACACGAUCCAAUGUUUGAUGUGUUUUCAUACCAGACAAGGAAUUGAAGCCCCAGCUUCGACUCCGCUCUUUCCUACCCUUACCCUAAACCCUCCUCGCUCUUUCCCCAUGAGCAAAAUGCCCAGCCGUUCAAGAUUCCGCUGAGAUUGUACAGACCUUUCUUACAACUUACUCGUUCCUAUCCCGUUCUGAAUAAACGAUCCUACACUCAUGGUCUCCUCUCUUUUUCUUCUGGUAAGCAUCUGGAUUGCUCCGAUCAUUGUCCAUGCAGCAACACCUUUCACCGUGCCAUGGACGGGCCAGACGUACGGUCCGGAUGGUCCCUGGCAAGCUGUCCAGGUCAAAAUCGGCAGCGACCGGCAAGAGAUGGCUCUCUAUCCCGGAGGAGCCUGGCAGAGCUACAUCCUCCUCUCCUCAAUUUGCUCCAAUACUUCAUUAUCCUCCUACUGCUAUGCUAACCGGGCGGGUGUCUUCGACAAACUGACCUCCACCACGUAUGACGACACGGCCAUACGGCUGACCAUCAACGAUGGAACAUGGGGACCACUGCACUUUGGCGCUGCCACCGACAACCCCAUCUACGGCACCGCCAAGUGGGCUCUCGAUUUGAUCGAUAUCUCGGGGGUCACGGUGCCGAACGUCAGUCUGAACGUGGUGGACCAGGGGUACCAGAUAUACCCGGAUGGGACCAAUUACCCUCUCGAGCUUGGAGUCCUCUCCCUGGGAGCCCCCAGCCUACAACAGCAGUUCGCGAACCGAGGACAGGCCACCAUUAACGGCACCUUUUUCGACAGUUACCUGUUCACCUCCGGUGGCGGUCAGGCGAUCCCGUCCUACUCGUACGGGAUGCAUAUCGGCACGCCCACGUACAACCUGGCGGGGUCCUUGCUACUGGGCGGAUAUGAUCAAUCCCGUGUGCUGGGGGAAGUCUCGUCCCAGCCAUAUUCCGAUGAUGGAGGGUUGCCAAUCAAGCUUCGCGACAUCAGUCUCGGAGUAGUUCGCGGAGGCUCGCCGUGGUCUUCCUCAACCACGAACAGCACCACAAACAGCAACCCCACAGGUCUUCUCGCCGCCGGCAACUCCUCAAUUACCUCCAACGGAAUCACCGUCUACUCCACCCCCGGGGACCCCUAUAUCUACCUCCCCCAAAGCACCUGCGACGCCAUCGCCGCCCACCUCCCCGUCACCUACCAGAGCACCCACGGCCUCUACAUCUGGAACACCUCAAAUCCCGCUUACCGCAGCAUCAUCACCUCACCCAGCUACCUAGCCUUCACCUUCGCCAAGGACAACUCCAACCGCGCCAACAUCACCAUCAAGAUUCCCUUCGCCGUGCUGAAUCUCACCCUAACCCCACCUUUGGUCGCCCAACCGACCCCCUACUUUCCCUGCCGGGGCACCACCACCGCCGGGGCCGUCUACGCCCUCGGCCGCGCCUUUUUGCAGGCCGCAUUUGUCGGAGUCAACUGGGGCGAUAGCGGCAGUGGCACGGGCAAUUGGUUCCUGGCGCAGGCGCCCGGCCCCAAUCUGCAGACGCCGUCGACCACCGUCAUCCAGCCCGAGGAUACUACUGUCCUUGGAUCAGACAAUGGUUGGGAGGAUAGUUGGUCCGGGGUGUGGACGGCGCUCCCGGUUGCGACUGCUGCCGCGUCCGCUUCCGCUUCGACGACGAAUACCACCACUAAUGGACGUUCAUCCUGUGAGAAUUGCAGCACUGGGACACUGUCGACAGGUGCUAAGAUAGGGAUGGGCGUCGCCUGCGGCGUGGUAAGUAUAGGUGCGACCGUCUUGUUCACGCUGUGGUGCGUUACUCGUCGUCGUCGUGCCUCUCUUGAUAGGGCUGGUAGUGGUGGAGGCGGCAAGGAUUGGCCGGAUUCGAUGCAGGGUCCCAACUGGGCGGCUUAUGAGUUUACGAGUACUCUUAGUGAUAGUAGGCCCGGUGGUGGUGCUGGUGGUAGUGGAUGGCCAGCGGGUCGGCCGCGGGCUAAACCCCCUGUCGAGCUUGGUGUAUAUCGGAAUGAAGGACCGCAUGAGAUGGGAUAGAAUGUAGAAUCACGGAUUCAUCUCCGGGUUCUAUCCUCGGUGCAGCUUUUACAUGUAAAUGUGCUCUUUGUCUUGAGAACCUUACUCAAGAGGGGGUUUGGUG